AUCGCGUCUUGGUGUCGUAUUCCGGAUCCCAGUCCUUCUUGUCCUCCGGACACUGGGACCAGAUACACACUGCGCUCCUGUCGCAGCUCCCGCUGCGCAAUAUACAUUGGAAGUCUUCGUCGCGAUCCAUCCGAACUAUUCAAGAGCUGAAUAUCGCGCUCGUUCCCCUCGAAUCCCUGCGUGAUGAACACACGUCUCAGAUCCCAGCGACAUUGCUGGAGAAGCCAUUCCUAAACUUGUACAUCGUGACAUGCGAAGACAAUGAUCUCGAAGCAUACAAGACGACCAUUAAACGACAAGUCAAGGAAUGGCAUUCGGUAGUCUCAAUGAAGAAGAACCAAGAAUGGCUCAUCCUACAUGUUGUCCGCCCCGAUUCGCGUGCCCAGGGCGGAACAUUCUUUCAACUGAAGGGUUCUGUUCUGGACAAGCUCAAGGGCGAUUUCAACGUGGACAGACGCGACAGGUGUGUUCAGUUACAAUGGAGCACGGGUUUCGGCAACCCGGCGCUUUGGGCGGAGUUCCUCAACAAGCUGAAGGAUGGGUUACUGUCGUCGUUCGACCAAGCGGUUUCUCAGAGGGAAGACGAUGUGAAACGGUCAGAGGGUCAAAGACAGAUGCCGGGCUGGAAUUUCUGCACGUUCUUCAUCUUGAAGGAAAGUCUGGCGGGAUCGCUCCAAGGAAUGAAUCUGUUUGAGGAUGCGUUCAUACAAUACGAAGAGCUGGAGGCAUCCUUCUAUCUGGUUUCCAAGGAGAAGAAUCUAUCGUGGUUUGGGACGCUCAUUACUCCGGGGCCCAACGACGAUUCCUGCGCGCUGCUGUCGAUAUCGAAAAAGUCCUACCGAGAUCUCAUCCUCGCGAACACGAUAACGGUAUUCGACCUCCGAAUAUACCUGCUUGCGCGCCAGUGUGAGCUCCUGGCAAGCCUUGGACGAAUCAACGAAGUCAGCCAAAAGGUUUCGGCGUUUCUGGGUGCUUUCGGACGCCGUCUGCGAGAGGUCGAGGAAACGAUCCCCCAGUCUUUCGUCGAGUCUUGGACCUAUUGCUCUGCUCUGAGCGUUGUGGAACAGUGCGAUACAUGGGCAGAGCAUCAGAAACUGGAAGGCGCCAAGCUGAAUGCCUUCAACGCAGGCAAGGGGGAACUGCUUGAACUUGCUCGACUUCAGCUCGACAUUAUUGGUGUCGCAGUCGGUCACCUCCCCUCCCAAGCGCCGUUUCUGAGCACAACCGCGUUGUCGAAGAGUGUACAGUCCAAAUCGGAACAGAAAAUCUCAAGCCAGACCAUAUUGGAAUCCAUUGAAAGCGCGGAUAAAUUCUAUGAAAAUUAUGUGGCGAUCACGAAUCGGGCGAUCGAAAUGUAUGCCAAAGCGGGGCGCAGGAAGUUUGCCCUUAAGCUGCACGGAAGCUUGGCUGCUCUGGACCUACACCGAGGUCGACUCGAUUCGGCAUUGUCCACGUAUACGUCUUUACCAGCCCACUACGCACCGCAUCAGUGGGCAUCGCUCGAGUCCCUGAUGUUGUCUCUGGCGUUGGACACACAUUCCAAACUGGACAAGACGCAGGAUCGAGAGUGGAUACACAUCCUGCUAUCCUUUCUAAAGACAUUCAUCGAAACCGAGGGAUUGGAGCUGCUGAUGCCGCAUGUGGACCACCAAGCCUACGUGUCGCAGCUUGUGGAAGCCAUGUACGCCUCUGCCAAAAGUCUCGAGUCGGAUCUGUCGCAUCCUGAUCACCCAAUACUUUCAAUUCAGAUAUCUCCCACUGCUAAAAGUGCAGGAGACAAAGAUGGCUCUUUUCUGGUAGCAACGGUAGACAACCAUCUUCCUUGCGACAUUCCCUGCGACGAGGUCAUUGCCAUACUAGUCGGUCGCGACUCCCAGAAGCUGCGAUUCGCCGCUCCAUGUCAGACGCUUCCAUCUGGGAAGUCUGAACUCGUGCUCUUUUGCCCUACAUCCUCCGUUGGUACUUACGUCCUGGACACGACCGAGGCCCGGCUCUCACAUUUGGUGUUCCAAUGGACCCAUCGAAAACCGCGACACGGUUCCAACAACGGUCUCAAUCUUGUCCGAAUACCGAGGGAUUUGCUGGCUCUGGACGUGCGGCUCAAUCGCCCAACGUUGGUCGAGCUGGGCAAGCCUGCAGCGCUGCUGGUGGUGGUCUCGACGGGCAGGAAUCACGUCAAGAAAGCGAGUAUCAAAUUCCAUGCGCCGUCGGCCACCUUCCGGUAUGCGCAGGUCUCCUCUGCCCCUUUCAUUGCCACCGAAGAUGGAUUUAUUGCCCUGUCCGAUGUCCCUGAAGCCACCAAUCUUGAAUUCCUGCUUCCCUACUCAGACGCGUCUGCUUUCAAUGCAAUGAAAGUGGAUGUCGAGGUCGAAUACACGACGAUCGCUGAACCCGAUACGACCCGGUCGCUGAGACUCGGCCGUGUAGUCGCUACCGCUCUUCCCAUCUCCGUCAACGUGCAGGACUUUUUCCGUGGCAAAAAGCUCUUUUCGCAAUUCACUAUCUCUACAACCAGUCACCAGCAUGUCCGCAUUUCCGACGCUCACUUGCAAGCACCCGCUGAAGGACUGGAUGGCCUCAGGAUCGUGGCUUGCUCGUCUGGAUCUCGCAAUGUGCUAACAGUGACUCCAGCGCAGCCGACCAACUUUCUCUUCUGCCUUGACUCUGCCAGUGGUUCUGUGCACGAUUCCCUGCGGUUUCGGAUCCGGUAUCGCAUGCUUCGAGAUGAGGUUGAAGCUUUGGUUGAGAGCGUGGUUGGACAAGUCAUCCCUUCCACGGCACUGGCAGAACGGGUCGGCAUGAUCAUGAGGCUUGUCGAAGCGUUGGAACACGACAGUGAUUGGGUCGAGCUCUACGGACUUUCGGGCGAGCUGCGGGUUCCUGAUGUGUUUGGGGAUGACAAAGAGGAUUCUCUGAAGCAAAUCUUGGAGCUACUGCGAGCGAACAAACAUGCCCGGGAACCUCAAGGCAAAUGGCGCGAGAUCAUCAUACCGGUGGAUGUGCCAUACAUGAGCAUUGUCGCUGCUGCCUCGAUCCGGCUGACGCGGAAAGACGAGCCCUCGCUGUAUGCGGGGCAACCCAUCCCCGCGCUCCUGAGCAUCUCGACGUCGUUCCACUGGGGAUCGAGCUCGACGGACAAGGAUCGGACGUUUAUGAUGCGCUUCGACGUCGAGGAGAUGGUGCGGGACUGGCUCGUGAGCGGCCGGAAGCGCGGCGACUUUCCCGCAAGGAACGACGGGGUAUACACUGUGCCCAUCACGCUGAUUGCGCUGCACCACGGGGAGCUGGGCCUGCCCAAAGUGAAUGUCACAGCGCUGCCGCUCGCGGGCGAGGUGACGAUGGGGUCGAUGGCUGUGCCCAGCACGGAGACGUAUCAGGUGCACGGCGCUGAGACAGUGCUGGUGUUGCCCAGGGGCGGGCGGAGCACAUUUGUUCUCGGGAUGGGUUCUGGAUAGGCGGUCGGGUCACGCAGUAAAUUAUUGUCCAUUUAUAUUUAUGACUACUUCAAGAUUAGAGCUACAUUCUCCUGGAUAUCCCACAUCGGCUGGCGCAGAAACGCCAUUUUAGCAUCGGUAGCGGUCGGGAGCGACAUGGAAAGGGCCAGCCAGACCAGGUCGGCGUUGGAUUGGCUUGUGGCCAGGUAGAACUCGCGUGCACAUCGCUGCAGCUCAUCGUGUGCAUGGGAAUGCAGAAAUCUGCGAAACGCCAGCACCGCUUGCCAAAUCGACUCGUCCUGCGCGCGGAUGCUCUUGACCGUGGCCGUCAUGCUCCGCAGCAUCGCUCGAUACAGCCGGUGCGAGUGCGCGUAGGCAGUCCCCCCGGCUUGCGUGGGGCGGGAGAGCGCAUUGGAGCGGUCUGCCUUGUCCAGCUGCGCAAGCAGAGUGCGGAAGCGCGGCCACACGUCGUUCCAGAUUCUCCGGUACAUGAACGACCCUGUCUGCAGAACGAGUCCCUCGAUCAGCGAUGCAGCGGCAGCGACGACGAACGUCUCCUUGUCGUUCAGCCGGUUCAUGAUGAACGGCCAUGCGGUGUGAAUCGACGGUAGCAGGGACGAGUCGGCCAAGACAGAAGCCGAAGAUCCCAGCAGGUUCAGGAUCCGUGCCCGGAUGACAGGCGAGCCAUGCGUCAGGAAGUAGACUGACCGGGAGACAAUCUGCUGCGUGAGGGCUUGCGCUGGUGACGCUUUCGGCUCCUCAGAAGGAUCGCCAGAGGCAGGCGAUUCUUCCUCCCGGACCGGAUCUUCCUGCGAUCGGGUGGAGAACCACGCAAAGAGCGACUCGAGUUGCGCAUCGUCAGACGGGAUCUGCAAAGAAGGCGACACUGGCCGGGGCGGUAAGUGGGCCCGUGACAGCUCCUCCUCAGUCUGGAUGACCCUGAUAACCUCCCCCAACACUUCGACCAGGCCCUCCACCACGACAUCAUACCCGUGGAACUCAUCCAAACGGUCGAAGCAUUCUUCGACGACGUCUCCUGCGCGAUCGACGACCUCCGGCCCGACCAGCCGGAUCAGCACAACCAGCACUCGGGUGGCCCGUAUGUCCAGCCAACGGCGCGUCAGUCUGCGCGAGACAGCGUCGAGCGCGUAGUCGAAAUUCGAGAGCAGCAGAUUACCCGGCGACGCGUAGGAUGCGUGUCGCGCCAUGAAAUUGAGUGCCGCCAGUGCAGUCGAGGACAGAUGAAAGUCGGGAGAGACCAGGGAGUGGAGCACUGGAUACAGCGUGUACAGAAGAAGGGACGUCGACCGGGAUUGGAGGAUCCCAGACGUGAUAGCAAGCAACUGCAACGAAAGAAUCUCGUGUAACGUGCCCUGUGCGCGACUGGCCGGCGGCAGGUUCCGAGAGUCGAAGAUCUUGAGACUCUCUUCCACGGGAUCGAGGCCUUUGACGAGCUGAACAGUCAAGUCCUCAUCUACAGUUUCACUUUGCAGAGGAGGCGAAGUGGGCUCGGUGGUCUGAUCCCAAAGCUCCGCAAGAAGCUUCCCCACCGAUCGCGCCAGUUUCUGCAGUCGAGCGCUCCGAUGCUCUCCGAGAGAAUGUGUGCCAGAGAACAGAGAAAUGUUGGCCACCCCUUCAAGCAGCCGGGAAGCACACCACAGCGCAGCCACCGCCUGGAUCCCAACCCCGUUCCGGCCGAUUUCGAUGAACCAUUCGACAGCAUACAAACAGCUGUCCCCCGCUGCUCGCCCCAAGCACUGCCACAUGCGCACAAGCGACUCAUACGCCGCCCUCGUGCUCAGAUUCCUGAGAGUCAAUUCGGGGAACGCAGGAUCUCCGUCGCCGUCCGGAUCGUUCUCGAGCAUCAGUUGGGCUGCAGAUGUCCGAGAAAAUAUGCGGGGCGGUUCAGCCAGUUCCAUCACAGAGAGAAGCCUCCAUCCCCAACGUUCGAUUCCUCCGGUAGGCCCGAGGAGAGUCGCCAAACCGGAGGAAACGACUGAUAAGCUUUCUCCCAGAGCGCAGACUCCCUCGAUCAGGCCCGCCACGUGCUGGACUUUGGAAUCGGCUUGCGACAACAGAAGCCGGGGCAGCGCAGUGAGGUUGUCCCGAGUGCUGUGCAUGAGCGCCUGUAGCAGAGGCUGCUGGGCUCUCGAGCGUACGGUCAGCAGAUCAAGCAGAGACGCCCGUGCCUUGACUGAGACCGCGGGAAGGGGUUGGAUCGACAAUGAGAGCAAAAAGGACAACAAAAGCUCCUGGCUCUGAUGAAGCGUGAGCACCGUGGCUUGCAGCACUCCGGAUGAAAACGCGAUGACCGCCUGCAGUGCCACGGGAUUUUCGUGCACAACCAAAGGCUUCAGUGUAUUCAGCGCAAUGUGCAGCUGCGAACUAGUGCCCUGCAGCCAGCUGGGCGAGCGGACCGUCGCGUAAGGGCGUUUCGAAUCGUCCGAAGGAGCUCGGCUGGUCUGAGUGUUCAUCAGCUCCGUGAGGUCUCCCAGAUCCUCUACAGCGAUCACCGCGCCUUCUCGAAUGCACACAUCGUCCCCGAUAGACUGCACGAUGACCGCUUCCAUGACCUUCAAUGACGCGGCGACCGUCGCUCCCUUGGCCCACCCCACAUUCUCGUGCGCGCCCAAAGCUAGCUUGGUGGUGGUGCUGACCACGCCAGGAAGAACAGACGGCGUCAGGUGCGCGGGGAAAUAAUGGCAGAUCAAGAUGUCCAAGACUUCCAAAGACCACUGUUGCAAAGCAGGAGAGCGAGAGCUCGCGGUGGUGAGAAGGGAGUCGAGCGUUUGGCCGAGGAUCGGUAUGAAGCGCUGCGCCGAUGCGUGGGUACGCAGUUCUCCGAGCCGCGCAGGGGCGUCUGCACCGUGUCUCGUCGCUUCUUCCGUGGUUCUCGGUCGGAUUAGACUGGACAUGCACUGAACGGCCGCGCAUUUGGUCUCGUCGUCUCUCCCUUUCCCUUUUCCUUUCUCCGUCGGCAUCUUCAUGUCUGCGAUGACGCCCGCACAGAAGACGAACAGUUGCUCCCAUAGCUUAACCUCACACGACCACCACCAAUCCUCAUACAAGAUCGUCAGUAAGUGGAGGAUCUUUUCCAGUACACCAUUUGGGAUUUGCUCCAACGGGUUCCGCGAGAGGAGGGUUGAUAGUGGAUAGAAGGUGUAAGACAGAAGGGAGUUGCUGAGUACAAGAUCGGGGCUAGAAUGCCGCGUACUCUUCAGCACAUCAAGAAGUUCGGUUAAACGACGCGAGACAUCGGGGAUGGAGGAAGUACUGAGAUGCGAGGCACCAAGGAGUGGUACGCAGAUGGGCUUGAGCUGCGCGCGUGAUCAGAAAAAGCGCCAUGAUUUUCGACCGUACACACUCUUUGGAAGAUCUGUUGUGAUUUGGCCUCGUCGCUCAUAAAACUCGUCGCAUGCUCCGUGCUCGUUCAG